CCCUCCUCCUCAGUGGGAGCGGCGCGUCUCUCCUACUCCAUUUUUGUCAGACGGGUGGAGGAACGCACUCUCGGCGAGGAGACUGUCAGCGGCAGCCGACACUUCAUACCGAGCGACAAAGGCCUCGAGAGCAGUUACUGCAGCCGGGUUUCUUUUGGUUUCCGUUUAGGAAGAGUCUUUACAGUGUUCUCAGGUGUCUGACAUGGUAGAUUACCACGCCGCUAAUAAUCAAUCUUUAUAUUCAGCGGGCGAACAGCAGACAUACAUGGAGCAAGAGAACGAUUGGGACCGGGACCUACUGCUGGACCCGGCCUGGGAGAAACAGCAGAGGAAGACUUUCACGGCCUGGUGCAACUCUCACCUGCGGAAGUCAGGAACGCAGAUCGAAAACAUCGAGGAGGAUUUCAGAGAUGGACUCAAACUCAUGCUGCUCCUAGAGGUCAUCUCAGGGGAGAGGUUACCUAAACCUGAAAGAGGCAAGAUGAGAGUCCACAAGAUCAACAACGUCAACAAAGCGCUGGACUUCAUCGCCAGCAAAGGAGUCAAGCUGGUGUCCAUCGGCGCAGAAGAAAUCGUGGAUGGAAACGCCAAGAUGACUCUGGGAAUGAUCUGGACCAUCAUCCUCCGCUUCGCCAUCCAGGACAUCUCAGUGGAGGAAACCUCCGCUAAAGAAGGACUGUUGCUCUGGUGUCAGAGAAAGACGGCUCCUUACAAGAACGUCAACGUUCAGAACUUCCAUAUCAGCUGGAAGGAUGGUCUCGCCUUCAAUGCUCUGAUCCACAGACACAGGCCAGAGCUCAUCGAUUAUGACAAGCUGAGAAAGGACGACCCAGUGACCAAUCUGAACAACGCUUUUGAAGUGGCAGAGCGAUACCUCGACAUCCCCAAGAUGUUGGAUGCAGAGGAUAUCGUGGGCACUCUGCGGCCGGAUGAGAAGGCUAUUAUGACCUACGUCUCCUGUUUCUAUCACGCCUUCUCAGGUGCUCAGAAGGCUGAGACAGCAGCUAAUCGUAUUUGCAAGGUGUUGGCGGUCAAUCAGGAGAACGAGCACCUGAUGGAGGACUAUGAAAAACUGGCUAGCGAUCUGUUGGAGUGGAUUCGUAGGACAAUCCCAUGGUUGGAAAACCGUGCUCCAGAGAAAACCAUGACCGAAAUGCAGCAGAAAUUGGAAGAUUUCCGAGAUUACCGUCGUGUUCACAAACCACCCAAAGUUCAGGAGAAGUGUCAGCUAGAGAUCAACUUUAACACAUUGCAGACCAAACUUCGUCUGAGCAACCGACCAGCCUUUAUGCCAUCUGAGGGACGCAUGGUGUCGGACAUUAAUGGUGCAUGGCAUAAACUGGAAGGGGCCGAGAAAGGCUAUGAAGAGUGGCUGCUGAAUGAGAUCCGUCGUUUGGAGAGACUUGACCAUCUUGCAGAAAAGUUCCGUCAGAAAGCAGCCAUCCAUGAAAGCUGGACAGAUGGUAAGGAGGCCAUGCUAACACAGAAGGACUAUGAGACCGCAUCUCUGUCUGAAAUCAAAGCUCUCCUGAAGAAGCAUGAAGCAUUCGAAAGUGACCUUGCUGCCCACCAGGACAGAGUUGAGCAGAUUGCUGCCAUUGCACAGGAGCUCAAUGAGCUGGACUACUAUGACUCCCCGAGCGUUAAUGCACGCUGUCAGAAGAUCUGUGAGCAAUGGGAUGCUCUGGGUUCCCUCACACAGAAUCGUAGAGAUUCUCUUGAGAGAACAGAGAAACAGCUGGAGUCUAUUGAUGAGCUGUACCUGGAGUAUGCCAAGAGAGCAGCACCGUUCAACAACUGGAUGGAGGGAGCCAUGGAGGAUCUUCAGGACAUGUUCAUUGUACACAACAUCGAGGAGAUCCAGGGACUGCUAACGGCUCACGACCAGUUCAAAUCUACUCUUCCAGAGGCAAAUAAAGAGCGGGAAGCUAUCCAGGCCAUCCAGGCUGAAGUUCAGAAAAUCGCACAGUACAAUGGCAUCAAACUGGCUGGAAACAAUCCUUACACCACCAUCACACCUCAGAGCAUUGACAAGAAGUGGGAGAAGGUGCAACAACUGGUUCCACAGCGUGACCAGGCUCUUCAGGAAGAACUUGCACGUCAGCAGUCUAAUGACCAUCUCAGACGCCAGUUUGCCAAUCAGGCCAACAUGAUUGGACCAUGGAUCCAAAAUAAGAUGGAGGAGAUCGGGCGGAUAUCAAUUGAGAUGAAUGGAACGCUGGAAGAUCAGCUAACCCACCUCCGUCAGUAUGAGCAGAGCAUCAUUGAAUACAAACCCAACAUCGACCAACUGGAAGGAGACCAUCAGCUUAUCCAGGAAGCACUUAUCUUUGACAACAAAUACACUGCUUAUACUAUGGAGCACCUUCGUGUUGGUUGGGAGCAGCUCCUUACUACAAUUGCUCGCACAAUUAAUGAGAUAGAGAACCAGAUUCUGACUCGUGAUGCUAAAGGAAUCAGCCAGGAGCAGCUUCACGAGUACCGCACGUCCUUCAAUCACUUUGACAAGGACCACAGUGGUGUCUUACAAGCUGAGGAGUUCAAGGCUUGUUUGAUCAGUCUGGGUUACGACGUAGAAAACAACAAGCAGGGUGAUGCCGAAUUUGCUCGUAUCAUGGGUAUUGUUGACCCCAACAACAGUGGAGCAGUGACCUUCCAGGCCUUCAUCGACUUCAUGUCAAGGGAAACAACCGACACAGACACUGCAGACCAGGUCAUCGCCUCAUUUAAGAUCCUAGCCGGAGACAAGAACUACAUCACAGCUGAGGAGUUGAGGCGUGAGCUUCCUCCUGACCAGGCAGAGUACUGCAUUGCCCGAAUGGCACCAUACACGGGCCCCGACGCGAAGCCUGGUGCUCUUGACUACAUGUCCUUCUCCACCGCCCUGUAUGGGGAGAGUGACCUCUAAUGGCCAACUCCAGAACUCCGGAGCAGUUCUCUCUCCUGCAUCAGUGCUGAUCUUCUAACAGACUAGAUAGAUGAGAGCGCUGGAUGUGCCGCAUCUGUCUUUCUCUCAACCAUCCAGUCCUUAAAGAGAUCAGUGCUCCUGAGGAAGAGGAAGAUAUUUAAGAGUGUUGGAAAUGGGACUUCAUAGCACACCUGAGGGGGAGGGGGGAUAGAUGUUUGGGGGUUACCAUAGCAUUGUGGGAAAAGCAAAUAACUGUUGAUGAAGCUUGCCACGCGUUGAGGGAUAACCUUUUGAUUCCGUGUUAAACAUGUUGGUCUUGAAGAGCUUAAGAAAAGAUGUAGGAUAGAAGGAAAGAGGAAAGUUUAAAAUUGCUGAUUCGGUGUCAAGGGAAGAGGGUGUGUGGCUUUGGACUGUAGCCACAGCUUGGGUUCUUUAAUUUUCCAUUUCCUCUUAAAAUGACAUGCAUAGUAAGAAAGGACUCCGUGUUGUUUUUCCAGCUUUCAAGUGAUUUCUCACCAGCAGUAACCUGGAAAGACAGCUGAUGUUGAGCCACUGAGCUUAUUAAUUAGAAAAAUAUGCAUUAUUAUUAUAUCUGCUAGGUUGUUCUGGGAUGGAACUAAAGAGAGCUUAAAGAAUCAGCUUUGGCUUCAGUCUAUGCCUAGACACUUAACCUGCACCCUCUACCCCGGUGGGGAGGGCCCAAGCUUUUCCAGUUAACAUUCUAUUUUUCUUUGUUUUCAUUUUGUUGUUUUCUUCCUAGACUUGGUAGGUUGGGAGGUUUCGUUUAUGGUUGGAAUAUGUUAUUUGGCAUAUAGCAAAGCUGUAUAUCAUAGGAAAAUGGACAGAAUGACUCAAGUGUUUUGAUAGGGAAUUUGUGACAUGCCCUCUUAACCCAUUUUGCUGGAUCAGUGGAAUUCUUUGAAAAUCUAACCUCAGCUUUUUUCCUACUUUUUUUUAUUUCUUUCCUCUCCAGCAAUUGAGUUAGCGGGAUUCUACGCUGUACAUAAUUAUUUUCCAGUACACAGAACUGUCGGACUACCCAUGGGGGUCACACUGGGCUUAAUGUCAUAAGCAAAGAUUAUAAAAUGAGCAGUUUCACCCCUGCGGAGUACUGUAGACAGGCUUAGGUAGAUACAGGUUUGAAGAAUGAAGCUACAAAAAUACCCAGUCGAUUUGUUGUUUUCCUUCCUGAACCAUACAGCAUUCUCAUAUUGACUCCCUGACUCAAUUAGACAUGUCCCUUAAGGAUUUAUUAACUGAAAGUAAUGUCCAUCUGCCAUCCAUCUCUAAGCAUUUCUCAGAUAUUACUGAAUGUCCAUGUGAGAGCUUCAGUACUGAUGUGAGCAGCAUAGCCUUGUAGUGACCCUCCACUAGAGCCUAUGAUUACACAGAUGCUGAAUCAACAGUGGAAAAGAGAAUUUUAUAGAGUCAGAAAUAAGUACAAAUGUGCCUGGUAGUUGCAGGUUGCUCUCUCUCCCACUCAUUUUCCCUUUCCUUUCGUUGUGCACUCGUUUUUCUCUUUCUACAGGGAGGGGCUGGGACCCAAUGUACAGCUCUGGAGGUUGGGGGAAGGAGUGGGGGAGCUGAAGUCUUAAUGAACAUUCCAUUAUGUCUUAAUUAAAAUUAAAUUACUGUCUAACAAAUCUAUGCAAUCAUGUAUCCAAUACCAAUCAUGCUCUGUAAUGAAUGGCAGGGGUGAUUUGCAAUCAGAAGUGUUAGAAGAACGAAUUAAGGGUAGAGGGAGGGAAUAGGGUUGGGAAGAUGGGUCUUAGAAGAUUUGAACAGACUUGGACCAAAAGCCUGCUCUUACAUCUGCAAAGUUGAAUAAAAGCAUUUGGAAUUCUGAUUUUUUUCUUUCUUUUGUACGCUUUAAUAUAAAACGUUAUCUGCUGUACUGCUUUCUGUCUCAAGAUAAGUGAAUUUCACAUGCACACAAAGUUUCCUUAUAAAAUAUUACCACUGAA